GAAGCUAGAAGGACCCAUUUGUGUUCGUUUGACUCGUUGGGAAGAAGAAAACAUGGCAAAACUAGAAACAUCCACCUUCCUCCUCGCAUGCAUUUACUGAUCUCGUUAACAAUUCUCAAGCCUCUGUUCCUUUCGUUUUCUCCUUCAUACGGGUUUCUCAAGUCUGUAUUGUUCAUCUCGUUAUCCAUUCGUUUUCUCCUUCAGAAGCUUUGCUCGUUCAUCUCGUUUGCUGAGUCGAUCAUUCAUCUCAAGUGAAUUCAAUCUUACUCAAUCCUUUAUUAUACUAAUUGUUUUAUGUACUAAUUUUUUAGGUUUAAAGUCAUUUGUGGUAAAGGGUUGAUUUUUCAGCUUAUUAAGAUUUGGGGAUUUUUGAUUUUUUUUAUUGUAUUCCUCUUUUCUUAUUAAGUUUCUGAAUCCGAUUGUACACUUUUUUGAGAACAUGAAUGACCAAAUUUGAGGGUACCCUUGUUAUUUAGCUUAUUAAAAUUUGGGGUUGAAGCCAUCUGGAUACAUAGGUUAUGUGUGUCAUUUAUAGCUAGAGAGAAAUUAUUUUUGAAUAAAUAGCAGAUGAGGGUUUUGGCUAUAUGAUUUUUAUGUACAAGGUAAUUGAUAAUCAGAGUUAGAUUUUAGUUUAUCCUUGAUUGGGUACUGUUAACACAUUAGCAGGAAAUUUGUUCUUGAUGAAUUGGUAUUGUUUUUAGUUUCCAUUCCUUGUAUAUGGUAGGAACUAGGAAGUAAUAUUCUUUGUAUAAAGUCAUAUUCUGUAAUAUGUUUCUACUUUAUACAAAUAUUUAAUUGAGACUUUCUUUUUCUAGAAGGACGAAGUUAACUACCCACCAAAGCUCCUAAGUUAAGUUGCUACUAGACUAAUACAAUAAAUGGAUAUAUGUUUGAAGUUAAACAUAUAGUGUUGGGUACAUAGGUUCUGUGUGCCAUACAUAGCUAGAGAUAAUUUUUCUUGUACAAAUGUACUAUAUAAAAUAAAUGGAUAUAUAACUAUGAAGCAUGAACACUCUUCGAAUAAGUCGUGUCCCGGUUUUGGACACGUUACACGACACCGACACAUAUAAUUACACACUUGAUUAUAUAAUUUUCUUAAAUUAUUAACGGUGUCGGCGUGUUAGUGUCCGUGUUCGUAUGUGUGCUUCAUAGAUAUAGAAUGGUCUUAUGGUUAACAAUAUCAUCAACCAUUGAAAAUACUUUAUUUGUGUAUUUAUAUCCAAAAAAUAUGUUAAGUUCAUCCUUCUUGCACAUUCAACUUAUCUUGUGUAUUUAUAUGUUGCCGUAAUUUACCGCAUGAUUGAGUGUUUAACUUGUGAUGUAAAGUGAGUGGAUAACAUUUUAUUGUAUGCAAAUUCUUACUUUGUAUUAUACUGUAUUAGAUUGGUAGUGAUGGACAAAGAGUGGACUAAGCUACCAAGGCUUAGUCGUGAAUAUAAGAAAGGUGUUGUAUCUUUCUUAGAUUUCGCCUUUACUAAAGGAAAACCAGAAGGGAGGGAAAUUCUAUGCCCUUGUGACAAGUGUAAAAACACUUGGUAUGAAAAAAGAAGAGUGGUUUUUGAUCAUUUAGUAGCCUAUGGAUUUGUUGAAGGCUACAAAGUUUGGGUGUACCAUGGGGAGCGAAGAUCAAGGUCGACAAAAAUUGAUGAUCAAAUGGAAGUUCAAGAAGACUCACAUGAUGACAUUGAUGGCUUAUUGUUUGACACAUUUAGAAAUUUUGUAGAAACAGAUGGAGUUAACAAGGGACCUAAUGAGGAUGCUAAAAAGUUCUACAAGUUAAUUGAUGAGUCAAAACAACCACUGUACACAGGAUGCGAAAAUUUCUCUACCUUAUCCUUCAUUAUUCGAAUGUACUUAUUGAAGUGUCUUCAUGGGUGGAGCAAUGCAUCGUUCACUUCUCUCUUAGAGUUAUUGAAAGAAGCAAUGCCUGACCUUAACAUUCCCAAUUCUUUUAACAAAACAAAGGCCAUGAUUAAGGACAUUGGUCUUGAUUAUGAAAAGAUUGAUGCUUGCCCCAAUGAUUGCAUGCUAUUUUGGAGAGAACACAAGGAUGACAAUUUUUGUAGAUUUUGCAAAGCUUCUCGGUGGAAAGAAUCCCCUCAAGUGGAUUGUGAGUCCGAGCAACACAAAAAUGAUCAUAAAGUUGCUGAAAAAAUUCUGAGACACUUUCCCUUGAUUCCUAGGCUUCAGAGGUUGUUUAUGUGUUCAAAGACAGCUGAUUCAAUGAGGUGGCAUAAAGAUGAUCGCACUAAAGAUGGGUGCUUAAGGCACCCUGCUGAUGGCCAGGCGUGGAAGGACUUUGACAGGCUUCACACAGACUUUGCUUCUGAAUCACGUAAUGUAAGACUUGGCUUGAGUAGUGAUGGAUUCAACCCCUUUAGGACUAUGAGUAUAUCACAUAGUACAUGGCCUGUUGUGACAGUAGCAUACAAUCUUCCUCCCUGGUUGUGCAUGAAGCCUGAAUUUAUGAUGUUGUCAUUACUAAUUCCUGGGUCACAAUCUCCAGGAAAAAAUAUUGAUGUGUAUCUUCAACCAUUAAUUGAGGAGUUGAAAGUGUUAUGGGAAUCUGGAGUAGAAACAUAUGAUGCCUCAAAAAAUCAAAUGUUUCGAAUGCGUGCUGCUUUGUUAUGGACAAUUAGUGAUUUUCCCGCGUAUGCCAUGUUGUCUGGUUGGAGCACAAAAGGGAAGUUGGCAUGUCCAUGCUGUAACAACAACACUUCUUCAACCUAUUUAAAACACAGUCGAAAGAUGUGCUAUAUGGAUCACCGUACAUUUUUGCCAAUGGACCAUGCUUGGAGAGAAAAUAGAAAAUCUUUUAAUGGAAAAAAGAACUUAGAUCUGCACCGACUAUGUUAGAAGGGACAGAAAUAUUAGAAAUCUUAAAAGAUUUUAACAAUGUGUUUGGGAAGACAAACAAGCAAAAAAAUGAUGGUCCAUGGAAGAAGAGGUCAAUUUUUUUUGAGUUGCCAUAUUGGGCUAGCAAUACACUACAUCAUAAUCUUGAUGUAAUGCAUAUUGAAAAGAAUAUUUUUGAUAACAUCAUUGGGACUCUAUUGGAUAUACCAGGAAAGACAAAAGAUCAUGUUAGAGGUCGUUAUGAUUUGGAAGAAAUGGGCAUUAGAAAAAAUCUUCAUCCAAGGGAUGUUGGUGGGGGUCGUGUCGCGAUUGCAAAUUCAUGUUUCUCCAUGACUUCUGAAGAGAAGUCUAUGUUUUGUGGUGUUCUGAAGGGUGCAAAACUACCAGAUGGUAGUGCAUCAAAUAUUUCAAGAUGUGUGAAAGUUUCUGAAAAGAAAAUAUGUGGUUAUAAGAGUCAUGAUGCACAUUUCAUGUUGCAUUACUUGUUGCAGAUACCAAUACGAAGCACAAUGCCUAAAGCAGUGGCCCAACCUCUCAUUCGUCUUAGUCGUUUUUUCCGUUCUCUAUGCCAAAAAGUUAUCCAAAUCCAUGAUCUGGACAACUUACAGGAAGAAAUUGCUGAAGUACUUUGUCAACUAGAGAUGGUUUUUCCUCCUAGUUUUUUUGAUGUUAUGGUUCACUUAGCUAUUCAUCUUUCGAAUGAGGUUAGAUUGGGUGGCCCAGUUCAACUUUCGAUGGAUGUAUCCCGUAGAAAGAUAUUUAUGUAAGCUUAAAGGAUAUGUUCGUAAUAGAAGUCGUCCCGAAGGUUCUAUUGCUGAGGGUUAUGUGGCUGAAGAGGGCAUAACUAUUUGUUCAAGAUAUAUGCACAAAGGUGUGGAUACAAGGUCAAACAGAAAGAAUCAGAACUAUGAUGAUAGUGAUUUAUUAGAGGUAGAUGAAAUUGAUUACUUUUCAAGUAUUGGUCGUCCUUUAGGGGGAAAGAAAAAUGGGAAGCCAUUUUAUUUGGAUUUUGAUUCAUUAGCCCAGGCCCAUCGAUACCUCCUAUUCAAUUGUGGAGAAAUUGAAGUAUAUAUCAGAGAGCAUGAAGGUAUUGUUAAUAGCCACACUAAAAAACGUAAGUGGGAUAAAGCCAAGGCUCAAUGCCUGAAUUUUAGUGACUGGUUCAAAACUCGAGCCAAGAGAGAUGAUGUACCACCUCAGCUAAGAGAAUUCUCUAGAGGACCAAAUAAUGUUGCAAAAAGGUUUUCAGGAUAUCUUGUUAAUGGAUAUAGAUUCCAUACUAUGCAAUGAGAUGCAAGACGCAAGACUCAAAAUUCUGGUGUGACUUUGGUUUCGUUAACUGCAAGUUUUGCAAGCUCGAAAGAUGAAAAUCCAAGGACAGAACCGGUCAAUUUCUAUGGAGCAAUUAAUGAUAUAAUUGAGUUGAACUACUAUGGCCACUGCAAAUUUGUUCUAUUUAGGUGUGAUUGGUAUGAAGUUGAAGAAGAUGAAUAUGGACUUACUUGUGUGUACUUCAAUAAAAAGUGUUAUCAAGAUGAUGCUUUUGUGAUUGCUUCUCAAGUUCAGCAAUGUUUUUAUGUUCAAGAUCCUUUGAAUGUAAAUAGACAUUAUGCUUUGAAGACAGAUCCAAGAGAUUUGUUUAAAAUGGGUAACCAAUCAGAGUUUGAAGCUACUAGUGUAAAUGCAGCAGAUGAAAUCAACUUGGUUAGGGAAGACAUACCUAGAACAAUCAUUGAGAAGCCUUCAAAUAUUUUACAAUGAAUAGAAGAAGAGGAUGAGGAUUAUUCUGAUUUUGAUGACACAUUAUUUGAUUAUAUGGACUAAUGUGUAAAAUGAAUUUGUUAUUUCUAUUAUGUUGCAUUAUUAAAAUUGAACAUUUUUUAGAUCCAUUUUGUUGCGUUCUUACAAUCUAUGAUUGUAGAGUUUGCUAUAAUUAUGUACUUUAUUAAGUGUCUUAUAGUAAUGAAAGAGACAAUAUUGUAUUAUGGUUUGCUGUUUUGUGUAAUUUGUGGUUUCUAUCUGUUUUUACUGUUUUCUGGACAGGUUUUUUAGUUCUAUGUUGUGUUAAAGAGAAAUGAAGAAAUUGCUGAUAUUAAAAGACAAUGUUCUAACGAGACGGCUCGUAUGGCUAAGCAAGUUAACGGCUUACAAGGGCUAGUUAAAUGCUUGUUAAAGCAAGUGAAUCCUGAUUUGGAUGAUGAAGCUUUGGACAAUAUCAUGGAGUAUGCUAUGGUUGUUGAAUGCGGUGCUUCCACAUCAAUGCAUGCGAGGAAUGUUGAAAAGGAAAUUCAUCCAACUGGCGAGGAAGGCCAACUUGAAGACGAAGAUCAUCCUGGAAAUGAAGAUCAAGAGGGAUGAUGUUAUUUGCAUGUUUAGAUUUUAUAAUCUCCAGCUACUGCUAAACUAUGAAUAAUGUGUGCAUAAACCAAUACUUUUUGGUUUUUUUGAAGCAAACAGAUAUGUUACUUUUAAUUUGUAUAUGUUUUGGAUAUUAUCACGCAUGUAAUAUUAUGAUGCAAGACUAUUACCUAUUUUAUUGAAGUUCUUAUCA